CUCAGAGUCAACUGGCGUGGAUCUUAAAAAGACAAAAAUUAACAAAGAGGAAGAAAUUGAGAGAAAUGAUCUCCCGAAAGUUGACAUAAGAAAAAGGCCAAGUUUAUUAUCAAAAACUAAAAUGUUGCUUAACUCGCUUGUGUUGGAUACUGAAUCUUCUGAAACUUGUACUCACCAAGUUGCCGUUCCGGUGGAUUAUAACUAUCGUCCGCUUUCUCAAGAUCCUCCUCCUGCGCAGCCUGCAAAAGUCUAUAAAUUUACUCUUGAUCCUUUCCAGGCUCAAGCUAUUAAAUGUCUUGAGCGUGGUGAAUCAGUUUUGGUUUCUGCUCACACUUCUGCGGGGAAAACUGUUGUUGCUGAAUAUGCCAUAGCAAAGUCACUAAAAAAUAAGCAGCGCGUUAUAUAUACGACUCCAAUAAAAGCGCUGAGUAAUCAGAAGUACAGAGAAUUUAACGAAGAGUUUGCGGAUGUUGGGUUGAUGACGGGAGACGUUACUAUCAACCCGAAUGCAAGUUGCCUAGUGAUGACUACUGAAAUACUACGAAGUAUGCUUUAUAGAGGCUCCGAAGUCACCUCGGAAGUUGCUUGGGUUAUUUUUGACGAGAUUCAUUAUAUGCGCGACGCUGAACGCGGUGUUGUUUGGGAGGAAACAUUAAUUCUUCUUCCUGAUAACGUCAAGUUUGUUUUUCUUUCUGCAACUAUUCCAAAUGCUAUCGACUUCGCUAAGUGGAUAUGCCAGUUGCAUGCACAACCCUGCCACGUGGUUUACACCGACUAUCGCCCAACGCCGUUGCAGCAUUAUAUAUUUCCUGCUGGUGGCGAUGGUUUAUUUUUAGUGGUUGAUGAAAAAGGAGCGUUUCGGGAAAAUAACUUUGAUAAAGCCAUGAAUCAACUUGCUGAAGGAAUGGAUAAUGCACCCACUAGUGUAGGAGGAAAAAGGAAGGCUAAGCAAAAGAGAGGAGUUUCUGAUAUCUUUAAAAUUGUUAAGCUGGUGAUGGACCGCCAAUACCAGCCUGUUAUUGUUUUUAGUUUUAGUAAGCGAGAAUGCGAGGCUUAUGCGCUUCAGUUAGCUAAGCUCGACUUUACUUCCGAGGAUGAAAAGAAGCUCAUUCGUGAAGUUUUCAAAAGUGCUAUUGAUAAUCUUUCUGAGGAGGAUAGAAUAUUGCCUCAAAUCGAACAUAUUCAGCCUUUGCUCUUAAAAGGUAUUGGCAUUCACCAUUCAGGACUGCUUCCUAUUAUAAAAGAAGUUAUAGAAAUUCUUUUUCAAGAAGGGCUUCUUAAAGCUCUUUUUGCCACCGAAACAUUUGCAAUGGGUUUAAAUAUGCCUGCAAAAACAGUUGUUUUUACGAAUGUUCGAAAGUUUGAUGGUAAAGAGCAUCGCUGGAUUACUAGCGGUGAAUAUAUUCAGAUGUCUGGCCGUGCCGGAAGACGCGGAUUGGACGAUCGAGGAAUUGUAAUAUUGAUGGUUGACCAGAAGAUGGAGCCCGUCAUUGCCAUGCAACUUUUAAAAGGCGAAGCCGAUAAACUUACAAGUGCUUUUCAUAUUACUUAUAAUAUGCUACUGAAUUUACUUCGAAUAGAUGAGCUUAGUCCGGAAUAUAUAUUGGAGCGCUCUUUUUAUCAGUUUCAGCAUAAUGCUGAAUUGCCGCACUUAGAAAAAAAACUUGAAGAAUUGGAAAUUGAAAAAGAGAAGUUUGUUAUUGAUAAUGAGAAGGCUAUUGCAGAAUAUUAUGAACUCCGCAAGCAGCUUGACAAUUUAUCUCUGGAAAUGCACGAUAUUAUUAUUUCGCCAAAAUAUAUUCUUCGCUUUCUACAACCGGGUCGUUUAGUGACGGUUUCUUCGGAUACGGAAAAGUAUGAUUGGGGCUGCAUUGUAAACUUUCAGAAGAAAGUGGAUCAAAAAAAAAGUUCUGUUCUUGUUAAUGAAAAUGAAAAAAAGUAUAUCGUUGAUGUUAUAGUGAAAUGUUCUUCCAAACACUCCGGUAAAGUUAUGCCAUGCCUUCCCGGGGAAAAAGGAGACUUUCAAGUUAUUCCAGUGUUAUUGGAUACGCUGGAUAAAGUCAGUGCAGUCAGAAUCCAACUUCCUGAUCUACGUCCGCUGGAUAAUAGACGCCACGUGGAAAAAAUGAUAAAAGAAAUUAUUAAACGGUUUCCGGACGGUAUUCCCCUAUUGGACCCCAUCGAAGACAUUAAAAUUACUGAAGAUGGCUUUAAAGAUAUCAUUAGUAAAAUUGAACUUCUUGAAAAACGUUUGUAUUCCAGUGAACUUCAUAAAGCAGAAAAUAUAAGUGAACUCUACAAUUUAUAUGAAAGGAAACUUCAAAUUUGCCUCAAUAUUGAUUUGUUAAAGAAACAAUUAAGACAGCACACAACUGUUCUACAAAUGGACGAUUUAAAAUGCAAAAAAAGAGUGUUGAGGAGGCUUGGGUACACCUCGUCUUCAGACUUAAUAGAAAUGAAAGGAAGAGUUGCAUGCGAAAUUAGUUGUGCUGAUGAAUUAUUACUAACUGAAAUGAUUUUUACGGGAGUUUUUAAUGAUUUAACGGUCGAACAGGCAGUUUCACUUUUGUCAUGCUUUGUUUUUCAAGAAAAAAUGAAUGAAAAUCCAAAGUUAAAGGAAAUCCUUGCUGGCCCACUACGGCAAAUGCACGAGUCGGCUAGAAGAAUAGCGCGAGUUUCCAAAGAAGCCAAAAUACCAAUCGACGAAGAAGAAUACCUCCAAUCGUUUCGUCCUGAAAUGAUGGAUGUUGUUUAUAAUUGGUCUAAGGGCUCAAAGUUUUUGGAUAUUUGCAAAAUCACAGAAAUUUUUGAAGGCAGUAUUAUUCGGUGCAUUCGGCGAGAAGAAGAGUUAUUGAGGGAAUUGACCAACGCAGCUAAAGCCAUAGGGAAUGCUGAAUUAGAAUAUAAAUUUAAUGAAGGAAUUACCCGCAUUAAGCGGGAUAUUGUUUUUGCUGCAAGUUUAUACUUAUAA